GGAUCUUCAGCUUCCAAUCCGGAUUCUUCCCUGAAAACUUGAUCCAAAAUCCGGAUUAUCUUACCAGAACACCACAAGUUUUGUUUACGUUUCUCUACUUCCUCAAUCCUUCGGAAAUCAUGAGAUGUGAAGAAUGUCAACUAUGAGUGAUAAAACAAGCUUGCCCAAGCACUGGGUACGAAAGACUUCACAACGUUGUCCCACUGCAACGUACUAUUUCAACACCAAGACUGGCAAGUCUUCAUGGAUGCAUCCAAGUCUUAUUCCAGAAAGUGGUGAAAAUGCUUCUGAAAAAUUACAAAAGCAAAAAAAAUCACCACUGAAAACUAAGAAAGUUAAGAUGAAAGUAGCAAAAUUGGAGAAGUGUUCCAUUAAUGAGCCUGAAGGAAAUAAGGAAGAAGAAAAAGAUGAUGUUAAAUACCAAGACUCGAAAAUUACACAUAAUGAGAAUUUAGACAAAGUUAGUCCUGUGGCUGAAGGUUGCAGUAAUAUUAACUCUGAUAGUGAUAAAGUAAUAGAAGAACAGAAAUGGAAAAAUAGGACCCCUGUGAAAUUUGUUAUCAAGGCAAAAACAGACAGCAAAGUUUUAAGUGAUGUGAAAGAAGACUCAGGAAAAGCAAGCAAAAACUCAGUGUCAAUCCACCCUAUUUUACUGAGAGCUCAAAAACUUGCAAAAACUACACAGUGGGUCAAGACAGAAGAUAUUUCACAGAAGAAAAAGACAACUCCAGAGGUGAAAGUAGAUGUAAAACCACUCAUUCUGGAUGAUAAGCUCAAGUGUAAGGAGCAAGUGGAAUUAACUUUAACAAAUAAAAGAAGAAUUGCGAAGGCAAAGAAAUCACAAGCUUCUAAAAAAGCAAAGAAGGAUGAAGCGUUAAUAAAGGCCAUAAUUAAGGAAAUAAGCAGCAGUCCCAUUAGAGAUGAAGAGAGCAAGUCAUCAAGGGAAAAUAUAAAUGAAAGUGAUAAGAAGAACAAUAUAAAAGAUUAUGAUGUUUACAAUUUUUUUAUAAAAUGCAAGGAUGAGCCACAGUCACUUAAAAAGUCUUUGAAGAGGACUGAAGAACGACAGCCACUUGAAACGUCUUUGAAGAGGACUGAAGAACGACAGCCACUUGAAAUGUCUUUGAAGAGGACUGAAGAACGACAGCCACUUGAAACGUCUUUGAAAAGGAUUGAAGAACCACAGCCACCUAAAAAGUCUUUGCAGAGAACUAAAGAGAGACAAAAGAGUCCACGCCUUCCUAUACCAGUAUGUAAGCAAAAACUAGUUUGUGUGUUAGAUGAUGAAAAUGACUAUGACGAAGUUACUGCAAUGGAAGUUGAAGAACAGGAGAUCGUUAGUGAAAUUGCUAACUUUCGGGAAUCAGUCCAUCACACACAAAAGACAGAGGGCAUCCCAUUAGUAACAUCGAGCAUCAACAGUAGCUCAAAAUCUGUGUAUAUUGUGGUUGACACAAAUGUUCUUAUUCAAGAUAUAAAUUUUAUCGAAAGUCUCAAGACAAAAGAGAUUGCUGGAAAAGAAGUUAUAAUCGUCAUUCCCUACAUCGCAUUGCAAGAAAUGGAUGGGCUGAAAAAGAAGGAAUCAAUUGGCAAAGCAUGCCAAGAAGCAAUACGAUGGUGCAACAACCAUUUUGAAAAGAGUGACCCAAGAGUACAAGGACAGAGCUAUGAGAAUUACCGCAAAACUUUAUCGAAGAGCCAGCGCCCUAGUGGUGAUGAUCUCAUCCGUGACUGCUGCCUGAUCAUGAAGGAACAAGGCCUUGAAGUAUGCCUACUUUCAAAUGACAUUAACCUGAGGAAUAAGGCAAUUAUGUCUGCCAUUGUAGCACUUGGUAUUCGAGGUCUUAGGCAGAAGCUUGAACAACAUGAAAUGGCUGUGAAUAUUGAUGAAACCCGGGUGGAUAUUGUUUAUGGAGAUUUUGCUGCCAAUAGUUUACAUAAUAAAUCUGAAAUACCCCUUGAAUAUGAAAAAAUGAUAUGUGAAAGUAGUAAUCUUAAGCAGAUCAGAAAAUCUCCUUCAACAAGUGAGGAAAUUGAACUCAGCCCAUUAAAAAAAAUAAAAAAGUGCAAUAGUGAUAAUCAAGAGUUGCUUUGUAAGAUCAACACAUCAUUAAAAGUCACUCUAAGUCGGAUCUUAGAAUUUAUAAUGAAGGAUACAUAUGGUGAUCUUUGGAUUAAGAUAGUAAUGCGUAAACCUCCUUGGAGUAUCAAUGAUGUGUUUUCCUGUUGGGAAAAACAUUGGAUUGCAGUUAUGUCUGAUAGGUUUCCAGGAGAAGUAAAAGAACUGAUAAAAAAGAUCAAACGGAUAGUUGAAGAUUGCAUGAAAGGAAGAGGUGAUGUAAAUACACUUGUUGCAAAUGUUCAAAAUCUAUACAGUUUCUUUAAGGAUGGCCAAUUUAAAGACUAUAUUUUUCCCAUUGGUGGGGAAUCUUCUGAAACUGCAAACACGUUAGAAACUCAGAAUGAAACCUCUGUGUCUUCCACUGAAAUUCCAGAAGGUAACAGCGAGGACUCCAUCAAACAACAGCCUUCCUCCAGUGGCAUCAGAAAUAUUCAGAUAAUGAUAAAUCACGUUGGAGAACACAUCACACACUUCAUAGCUCUGAUACUAGAUGCCUAUGGAAUUGCACACAGUUUGCCAACACUAAAUGAGAAAAGGAUAACUCGAGAGGAUGCCCAAAACAGCAGCAUAAACUUGCACAAUGUUACCAUGCGGCUAGGAACUACAAUUGCCAGGUCAUUAAAUGAAGGGACAAUGGAUUUACUUCAAGAAUUUGGGAACCUUCUUAUCAAUUUUUGGGUGGAUGCAAAGGAACCCUGCCCAAACUUGCCUUUCACAGAAGAGGAUUUAGCACAAUAUGUUGCGUCUACAAAUGGUCGGCAUUUCCUUCAGUUAACAUUAGGUGAACUGGAAAGAUUGCUUGCCCUGCUUAUAUCUGCAGUUAACAGUUAAUACUUUAUUAUUGAUUUAAAAUUCAUUUGAUAUUGAUUUUACACGUUUUGACUUUUUUUUUGGUUUUUAACACAUUGGCUGCCUCCCACCGAAGCAGGGUGACCCAAAAAAAAAAAAGAAACACUUACACCAUCAUUCAACACUUUCGCCAUCAUUUACACAAUAUCACUGUUUUUGCAGAGAUGCCCAGAUAUGACAGUUUAGAUGUCACUCCAAACAGCCUUUAUCCCAAAUUCCUCCUUUAAAGUGCAGGCAUUGUACUUCCCACCUACAGAACUCAAGUCCAGCUAACCGGUUUCACUGAAUCCCUUCACAAAAUCUUACCCUGCUCACACUCAAACAGCUUGUCAGGUCCCAAAAACUAUUCAUCUCCAUUCACUCCUAUCUAACAUACUCACACAUGCCUGCUGCAUGUCCAGGUCCCUUGCACACAAAACCUCUUUUACCCCCUCCCUUCAUCCAUUCCUAGGAUGACCCUUACCCCUCCUCCCCUCCACUACAGAUUUAUACACCCUCCAAGUCAACCCAUUUUGCUCUAUCCUCUGUAAAUGACCAAACCACCUCAGUACUGUAUUUUAUUCAGUAUGUUUCUAGUCACAUUAUGGAUGUUCAGGUUAGUUUUGUAAAUAUGUCAGCACAUUUCUUAGAAGAUACCUUGAGCUUCCAUAGCAUAGUUGAUACUUAUGAAUAUUUACAUGAAAUAUGAUUCUGUUUUAAUUAUAUGUAAUAUGGUGCUUUCAGAUGAAUAAUAAACAAAGUUGUACAUUCCUUAAAUUACAAUCAAUAAAGUAUUGAUGAAAAUGAAAGAACACAUUCAUUCAAAUAUAUAUCAUUUCAUAAUUAAGAAUUUGUAUUGCAGUGUUUUAUAUCAGUACGACCCCAUUAUCACGGACUCAUUUGGGCCAGGAGCUUUGUGAUGCAUAUCCUGUCUUGUCCUCAUCCUCCUAACAUGUGUAUAGUAGUAUACAUAUAAAUAUAUGCAAUUUAAUUCUUUAACAUUGAGGAUUUUGAGGCUACAUCAUUAUAUUUCUUGAAGGAUGUGUUAAACAUAGCUGUUUUAACCUUCGUUGUCUUUGGAGAAGAUGCUGUGCCUGGAACUGUAAUGAAUGUUAGGCUAUGCAUACCUGUUUUGCGGGUAGAUGAGGUCCUGAGAAGGGAAAUGAAUGUUAGGUUAGGUAUACCUCAUCUAGGUAAACUUAACUAGUUUCAGUUCCUCUCCAUGUAAUAAUAACAGCAUGCCCUGCUACAAUCCUUAACCUUUGAAAAAACAAAUGCUAAGGGCACAUUUUCUUUCAGAUAGGUCCUCUUUGCAUAUACAGGUGCUCCUUGGCAUAUGAUGGGAUUACUUUCCAACAAACCCAUCGUAAGUUGAAAAUAUCAUAUCAGAGAUGAAUAUGAUAUGCUAAAUAAAUAAGUAAAUAAAUAACUACUGUCACUGAAUGAGUAAAUAAACAAAUAAUUACUCUUAGUAACUGUAUACCAGCAUUAAAAAGUAUAUAAAUGAAUACAAGUUACGGCUCAUGAAAUCAUAAUGACAUGAUUGUAUGGUUGUAUGGCUUACAAGUUACGGGCUUGCUGCCUUCAUGCUGGGUAAUUAUCUCAAGUUACAUCUCCAAAGUAACUGCUUUUGCACCAUCGUAAAGUCAUAGUAUCAUAAGUCGAGGACCACCUGUGCAUGGGGAAGUGGAACAAAAUUCUUCCUCCAUAAGCCAUGCAUGUCAUAAGAGGCGGCUAACAUGCCGGGAACAAGGGGCUAGUAACCCCUUCUCCUGUAUACAUUACUAAAGUUAAAAAGAGAAACUUUCAUUUUUCUUUUUCAGUCCCCCUGCCUUGGUGGGAUACAGCCAAUUUGUUGAAAGAAGAAGAAUUAGUCUUGCCUUGUGUUAUCACUAUAUAUACUAAAGUGUGUUUAAUGUGACAAUAACUGAACACUUAGACAUCUCACUCGAAACAAGCAAUUCUUUGAUAUUCCUCACAUUCACCUGAAACUCUGUAGAAACUUGAUACUAAUAAAAGGGUUAAAAAUGUGGAAUAACUCAUCAGAUGAGCUAAGCAUUGUAAUAUAUUUAAUUCAAAUGAAAACUGUUGGCUUAAUCUGUUUUCUUGAAAUAAUUUUUAAUUCUUCUUUCAACAAGCCAGUCGUAUCCCAUCGAGGCAGGGUGGCCCUAUAAAGAAAAAUGAAAGUUUCUCUUUUAAAAUCUAGUAAUGUAUACAGGAGAAGGAGGUUACUAACCCCUUGCUUCCAGUAUUUUCGUCACCUCUUACAACAUGCAUGGCUUAUGGAGGAAGAAUGCUGUUCCAAUAAUUUUUAAUGUAACUCCUUAAAUGGCUAUUAAAUUUAUAUUUUCAAGUUAUAAAAUAUGCUAUGUUCUUUAUUUUUUUAUAAUUUAAUCAUAUUUUCAGUCAAUAUUGCAUCAUUACUUCCCUAUUUGCUCUAUAAUUCUCAUAAGUUAGAUUUCAGUUUUCACUAAGAUUUGCAUUACAAUACAGUACGUAUUUUAUAAUUUAUAAAUAAAUUUAGUGUGUAUUACAUAUACUGUAUAUACUGACAUCCAGUGUAUUUUUUUAUUUUUUAUUGUUGAUAUUAAUCACAACAUAAGUUUGUUGGAAAAGCUAUGCGUAACAAUAUUUUUUCAUUGUUUAUUUCCCUGCAAAGCUUACAAUGUGCGGUUUACAUAUUAUAAAAUAUUAAUUACAAAGAAGGCCACUAGCAUGCCUAGCUAGUGGUUAGUUGUAGAAAUAAUGUAUUUUCUUGGGAAGUAAGGUUAUCAGUGUCAUGUGGGAAACAGCUAGUGUGUUAAUUUUUUUUUUGCAAUAAUGCUUGUAAUAUAUCCUUGAAUUUAUGCUCGACAGAUUUAUUACGUAUGUUGGUGUACAGUACAUACAUAUAUACUGUGUAUUUAUGGGGAAGCAAUAAAUCUGUGAAUGUUAUACAGCAUCUCAGAAAUAGGCGAUGAUGAGGUUUGAUCCAAGAAGGGGGAGGGUAGCUCCAAUUUCUUGGAUCAAAAGCCCUUGACAGGCAUGCUUGUAGGGUGCUCUACAAUCAUAGUAACAUCAAGGAUGCUGUCUUGUGCACUAUGCAUUAUUAUACUCCAGGGGAAGCUCUAGACCCAUAGAGAUGAUUAUACCACUUGAGAAAUGGGUGAUAAUUGGUUUUGAUCCAAGGAAAAUGAGGACUCCCAAUUCCUUGAAUCAAGAAAGGGGUCUUGGAUACAUAAAUUGUCAGUGGCUGAAGUGUUUGGGAAAGGCUCUGCUUGUGGUUUAGAGAUUCUCAAAUCACAAAAGGGAACAAGAAAUUGAGGAUGUGUUACUAUCAUUAUUAGUUUUAUUAUUGGAGAAAGCACUAACCUGUUUGGGUCAAACAGUGCUAUCAAAGAUGUACAGUAAAUUUAAGUUUUCAGUGGUUUUCAUUUUAUCCUACUCACUGUAUGUACUCAGGAUUAUACCCUCCAUUAUAUGCAUCAAGAUACAUGCCUUUAUCAUCACUGAUGCUGUUGUAUCAGUCUGAUAAACUUUAUUAUGAUUUUAUAUAUUGAAUACAUAUACAGUAAUAAAUAAAGGGAAUGAAUGAA